GUCGUCUCCCCCCCUCCCCUUCUCGACCGCCGCGCCCCCAGCCGGCUCAGAGCCGAGUGGCCGCCCGCGCUGGGCGGCCGUGGGGGGGCGCUCGGCUCCUCCGGUCUGCCAGCGGGCGAAUAGCGUCCGCCCCUUCCCGCAGCAACGGAGCCAUGACGCCCUCGGUCCCGUGGGCGCCCGCGGCGCUCUGCCUGGUCCUGUGCUGCUGCACCCCUGGGGCGGCCACCCGGGCGGGCGCCCGCGUGCGCCUCCGCGCCCCCGACGUGGCAGUGGCGCUUGCUGGCGCCCGCCCUGCGCGCUUCGGAGCGCAGGCGCAGGCCAGUGGCAACGCCAGCGCUGCGGAGGCCAACCGAACCUUCGCCAACAACUCCCAGGCCCCCGAGGCGUCAGACGCCAGCGCCGUUGGCAAGAGCGGGAGAGACCACGUGCAGGCCCUUGCGGCCCAGAGCAGGUCGUCGUCCGCGGCUGCGCAGCCGACGCACAAGCUCCGCAUCUGCAACGCCUAUCCGGACCGGGGGGCCAUCGACGUGUUCCACGGCGACGCGAGGCUCACCAGUGCGCCCAUGGAGUACAAGGAGUGCCACGAGUUCGCGUCUCCCAUGAAGGUGGGAGACAAGCUCCGGUUCGAGGUCGAUGGCGUCCGCGCUGGCCACUUCGCCGUCUCCGACCUGCCCGAGGGCGACGCGGUGCUGGUCCUGGUUGUCUUCCGCCGUGACAUCAUGUCGCAGGCGGUGGCGUUCGAGUCGCACGUCUUCGCGAAUUUGAUCAACGCGCAGAUUGCGGUCCUCGACGCGUACAGAGGCCCGAGCGGUGCCGGCACCACCCCCGCCAUCCGCGACCCCAGCGGGGCCAGCAAGCCGGGCGGCGCCAGAAUGGAGUCGCUCCACUACGACAGCGUGGUGGCCGUGAAUCCCGGCGUCUACGAGGUGGUGCUCCAGGGGCCCGACGGGCGCGUGAAGACGAGGAGGGAGCUGGUGGCGCUGAACCGAGAGAGCUACAUCGUCGUGCGCUGUGGAGUGGAGCCACGCGCUGGCGGGCAGGCCUACCCACAGGAGCUGAUCGUGUUCCCGCAUUCGGACGCGAAGGUGCUUAUCGGAUCAGGAAGUUGGUCGCCAAGGGGAGCGUCGUUCCUCGCGACAGGUGUCGCUGUGCUGGCAGCCGCGGUCAGCACCGCGUGGUGAGGCCUGGCUUACUCGACGCGCACUGUCGGCAGGAGCUGGCCAAAAUGUGCAAACUGGGGAGGAGCGUGGCCAGCGGCGGGUUGACAGCGCUUGCGAGGAGUGCGGGCAGAGACGCGUUGACAACAAUUGCGUCUUGGUAUCGGCUCCGUGUGCUGCGCGAGGGGGCAUACACGGUCCGUGUCUGUAGGCCUA